AUGGGAACGGUAGAUUUGGCGAAUGCAUUGGUGAAAUGGGUACUCGCCGCGGGCAUUUCCACACAGGAGGACUAUGAAGACAUGGUGUGGAACAAGACCAAGGAUGUAAUGCACGAAUUUGUGGACUACAUGGAUGGCGACCAUAUAAUACUGUAUGCAGCGAACUGUGAUAACAAAGGAUGGGAGCGCCCCGACGAUCCUACCCCCGGUCACUUCUAUGUACCCCGCACGGUGGGGCAUAAAAUUGUAUGCGUACUUAUGGUAGGGGCAUUGUUUUUCAUGAAUGGGUGGACUAUUACACAAAAGACUCGAUCGACGGAAGAUGAAACCAGUGAAAGAAUACGGGAGCACUUGUUAUGUGCAAUAGUACAUAUGUUCAGCGAAGUAUUAAACGAAUCGGUGUGUCCAAGUAUGUGGGGCACAUAUUAUGCAUGGAAAAUAAUGGAAAAAAUGGAGACUGGGGCCGGAGGUGUUUCGGGAGGUUUAAUAAAGCAGCGGAAAUGUGGUCAAGACCUAUUUGCGCAUUUGAAAACAACGAAGCUUAACUUAAAUGCAGACGUCAAGAAAUGGUUACGGGAACAUAGCAAACUACAAGAGGCAAUACAGAAAAUACAAGGAAAGGCAUUGUGCACGGAGCAGUGGAAGGACGAUUGGAACCUAGACGACAUCCUGGGGAACGGACAUGUACCGCAUGCCGAAGGUUCGCAGAUUGUUCAAAUAGUGCACGAACUGAAGGCAGGACUGGGGGAAGUAUUUAAAGGAAUUAAGCAACAGGUAGAGCAAGGCAUAGAACAGAGGGAACAGGCGAAGAAGAAGAACUUAGCGAAGGAUGACCAAAACGGGGAGGCCGCCACGACGGCUACUGUGCCGGCUGCAACAACAGGAUCGACAGCGGAGGAAGCCAAGAAGAAACAGACAGAAGGGUCAGAUUCUAGGAAGGAAAAGGACAAGGCCAGUCCACAGGAACCACAGGGUGGAGGUACUCAGACAACACAAACGUCAACCACACCAUCACCCGGGAGCACAGGAACAGGGAGUCCAGGGAAAACUCAGGCGCAACCAACAGGGGGUGUAGGAGAAGGAAGGGCAGAUCACGGAGUACCGGACACCUCAGGAGGUAAGUCUCAGGCGUCGUCACCACCAGGACAAGCAUCGCAACCACAAGCGCCUGCAUCUCCAGUAUUACCAGCACGACCACCACAACCAGAAGCAACACCAGGAGCAGGAGCAGCAGGACCCGUACCACAACCCCCACCUGCGGCACCCCCAUCACACUCAGAGACACAAUCUCCGAAGGGGCCAACAUCAGGACCCGAGACAACACCAGCAAAGGGAUCCGGGGAGAAAGACGAUACAAGGAAAGAAUCAGGUACGAGGACUGAGGAAACAGUUAGGGCUAUAGAUGAUCUUGAACUGGGUCCAGGUACCCUAACUACUACAAUCAUUAGUAUACCAUACGACCCAGCACCUGCACCAGAUAUAUUCCGUUUUCCGGAACUAAAGGAAGAUGUAUCCGGUGAUAAGGACCAAGCACCGCAGCCGGCGCAGGCACCAACUAAUGAACCCUCACAAACGACAACUGAGACAGGCCAGGAUGAAACUACGAAAGAGGAUGGGAAGGACACAUUGGUAUCAGGGACACCACAAAAGGACAUUCCCAAGGUUACAGAAGCAGUUGUGUCCUCGCCGCCUAACCCCCAACAAGAGGAUGGUGCAGCAAGUAUCCCCGGUCCUAGGCCAGCCUCCGGUGCAGAAGGGAAUAUCGUCAUCGAUGGCGGCAACGAUGACCCCCCUCCUCUCAAUCCACCCAAACAUCAACAACCAAAACCGAACCCAAAUCCGGAGCAGACAGGCCGUAUCGGUACAGGCGGAGACCCCGGUCAGGCGGGAAAGGACGGCAAAAGUGGUGAGGACGGAGAUCCUGGGAACAAGGCUGCGGAUCAGGAUGAAUUCUCCGUAACGACCAGUCUAUGGGGAAUAGGGCGGCCAGCUGCGGGUAGUGGAGGCGGUACUGCAGGAAGUGGUGAUGGUGCAGGUAAAGCCGCUUGCGGUGAACCACAGAAAGGUUCCACAACUGGUCCAUCAGAAUCUAAUGUACCAACUUUUGAUAUAGGACAGAUCAUUCCAGCAGUGGCAGAUAGCCCCGGGGGAGGAUUCGUACCACCAAUCUUAACAGAUGGAUCAUCCAGUUCAUCGGGCGGUAACCAAGGUCCCGGGGAAGUGACCCCAGAUGUCCCCGAACUAACCGCCGCGGUCCUUACCGCCACUACUCCCAUCCUGUUGUUCGUCGCUUCCGUUAUCGUCGCCGUCCUUGGUUAUUCCCUUUGGAAGCCCCUGAACGCUAACCCCCUAAAAUCUGUUCCCCUGAACCCUAAACCUAACCCCAGAACCCUAAAUCUUUGA